AUGCAAAAUGUAAAAAAUUUGAAAGUGCAUACAUUAGGCUCAACAGCCUUUGACAAGUCAUUUAGCAAGAAAGGGAAUCUGUCCUUUGGAACCGUGCAAUGCUUUGAACCAGCCCCCAAUUUCCAUUUUUCAAGGAUCUGUCGCCAGGCUGUUUUAAGAGGCCGGAAAAAUGCCACGUCCAGAGGCUGGCUAACCACUGUGAAUAAAGUUUUGCUAGUGAUGAAAAAGGCUCAUGUGUUCACUCCGACGGGUGGUUGCUACUGCAAUCAGGGCUGCCAGCAUAAAACAUCUUUGGCCUGUUAA